UCUGAACGAGCUUGCAAGGAUAACGCUAGCGAAUUCCUCGAAUCACUCACUGAACUUACCCAAGAAGUCCAGUCCAGUUUGUUCGAUCUAAAAUCACACAUUUAAAAACCAAACCACGCUACCAUGUCUUCGUACAAAGUGCUCGGAAGUCUGAUCGUUGUGCUGCUCGUGGUGCUGGCGUUUAGUGGCCACGUCGAGGCCGGCUACCGGAAACCACCGUUCAACGGAAGCAUCUUUGGCAAGCGCAGCGGAAACUCAGUUGAUUAUGAAGGCAACGCCAAGGUCCUGUCGACCAUGUGCGAAAUAGCCGCAGAAGCGUGCCAGAGCUGGUUCACCGGACAAGAGCAGAAGUGAGCAACCGUGCGACCCUCUUCCCCUCUUCUUCACAGUGAAACCUAACCAAAUUGCCGGGUGUGUGUGUGUGCUUGAGAUUGUUUUCUGUCGCUAUACUCCAUUCGGCCGACGAUGCAUUGUGGUGCAACGGAAACGAUAUCACUGCGGACGGUGCGGAGUUUCCAUGUAACGUUCUAUUCCGGAAUAAAAUGUUUUGUGCUAAGCGAGCAGUAGAAUCAUAGAACAGCUUUGUUUCUGUAAAUUCCUGGAAUGAAGAUGUGCCGCCAUGCUAGCCUAGAUGACACAAUUAAGACGAUGUUUCGAUUAUUGUUUC